AUGGAAGAGGUAGAGCUGUUGCAGCACCUGCGAAAGAUACUUCUAGAAGGUGAUCGUUAUCUUGUGGUGAUUGAUGAUAUAUGGGAUGUAGAGGUCUGGAGAAGGAUUAAAAAUGCUUUUCCUGACAAGAAAAACGGAAGUAGGAUCAUUAUAACUACGCGGAAUAAAGUAGUUUCUGAGGGUGUAGAAGACACAUGUUUCGUCCAUGAGUUAAGUUUUUUGAGCGAAGACGAGAGCUGGCAAUUGUUCUGUAAGAAAGCAAAACCAACCCUAAACCUGGAGAUGUUAGAGGAAUUUGUUGAGGAACAAGAUGGAGUAGUCAUGGAGGAUGUAGCUGAGGAUUAUGUAAAUGAGCUUAUUAAUCGCAAUAUGAUUCAGAGAGAACUACAGACUGUCGAUGGACGAGUUUUGGAGUGCAAGGUCCAUGAUCUUGUACGUGAUCUUGUCAUAGAGAAGGCCCGAGAGCAGAAGAUACUGGGAAUUUUUGACUCAGGUAAACAACACGCGAAUCCCAGACGUUUGUUGCAAGGACAAGCACGUCAUGCAAUCUUCAAUGGACUCGGUGAGUACUUUAAAUUACUUGAGCUUAAUUCGGAUAAUUUAAAUUUGCGCUCAUUAGCAUUAACUACUGAAACUGCUAGCCUCAAAACAGAGGAAAUAAAGUUGAUCUACACGAGAUUCCAAUAUCUCAAAGUGCUAGACUUGACCAGUGAAUGGUGCCAUAUUGAUACCAAUAAUUGGACCAAUCUUCGUACACUUGUAAUUUCCGACAUAGAAGACAGUGAAGAAGAAGAAGAAUAUAGUUUGGAGUGUCUAGCAAAUUUAACAAGUCUCGGAACAUUAGUCCUCAUACUAGGUGGUGUUAUUUCAACAAUGCAACCGCUUUCGUCUUGCAAACAUCUCAACAAGGUGUUCUUGGUGUGUGGGAUGAAAGACGUUGCAGAACUAAGUUUUCUGCCGGAUUCAAUCACUGAUUUAACACUAGCAGUUGAUUUCACAGAAGAUCCGAUGCCCAUUUUGGGGAGUUUGUCCAAUCUUACCUCCCUCUGUUUCAUCCACUGUGGAGAAAAAAUGGUUUGCGGUGCAGAUGCGUUUCCAUGUCUACAAUUCUUACACAUAACACCCACCUAUAGUCUUGAACUUCAAGUUGAUGACGGAGCUCUGCCUUCUUUAAGAGCUUUCACAAUUGAUCGUUUUACGAUGGGUAGGAUUGAGAUUCCGCUACGACUAUUGUCUCUUCCUCCUGUACCAGAUUUUAUUAACAACACGUAUGGUAGAUAG